GCCUCCUCUGGGGCUGUUCCUCUCAGAGAGGGGAAUGUGGCUGGUCAAAGGAACAGGGAUCACUUCCUUUUACUUUUUUCUCCCACCCCCAUGUCAGGCGCAGGUGAGAAGCUGAGACCAGGCUGUCCAGAGCUCUCUUUUCACUCAUAACAGUCCUGAAUCCCAUGACCUCCCCUUUGCCCAACUCUGGUCAUGGUUACACUAAGGCAGAGUUCUGUCAUCUGUCCCUACCAUCCCCCACUGGACUGUAUCUUUCAGAAACCCCAGGCAGCCUUGCCUCCUGACCUAACUCCUGGAGAUGCUGGUGUUCCUGGGAGGAAUUUCCCUUACAUCAUAGUAUUAGAAGCCCUUGGGGCAGGAGGUAGAGGGAGGAAUUGAAAGGAGGAAAAACUUGAAAUUCACACCUACAAGAUGUGACUUGUAGUCUCCUAUUGUUUUCUUGUGGAAAAGCCAUAUUCCUAAUUUAGACAUAGGAGAUCACAACUGUGUUCCUGAUGCAGUUCCAUCUGGGGGCCUCACUGGCUCUGUCAUCAGCCCUCAUACCCUCUUGAUUACAGGAGUCACAAACCUGAGACACACAGCUCCUGUCUACCUCCUGCUGGGGGUCAGCUCUCGAGCCUGUGUGUCAGUUCCUGGGUUGGCUGUGUGAGUUCUAUGGACAAAGGGAAAGUGCUCUCAGUGUGUUUCCUGUGGUGGGUUCACACGCAGCUAGACACAGCCAGCUUGAGUCUUGGAGCUCACGGAGGGGAGCUUCUGGAAAGGCAGGCUCUUCAGGACCUCUUGGGAUCCAGAGAAGAGGACGUUGUCACAGACAGAGAGCCAAGCUUACCAGCUCCUGACGCAUGCAUCAUGACCAUGAGACAGAAGUGGAUACCAGUCCCCAGUCCUUUGUGGGUCCUGCUCCUGUGUGCCCACAUCAUCACUCUCCUGGACAGAGCCACACCUGUCUCACAGACCACCACAACUGCCACUGCCUCAGCUAGAAGCACAAAGGACCCCUGCUCCUUCCAGCCCCCAGUGUUCCCAGCACCAAAGCAGUGUCCAGCAUUGGAGGUGACCUGGCCAGAGGUGGAACUGCCACUGAUGUCAUGGGCUUGGCGCAGCUCCCAAGAUGCUCCCUAUCAAAUAGGACAGAGAACUCAGAUCCGCUUCCCCCACUUCAGCAUCCUCUACUGGCUGGGCAAUGGUUCCUUCAUUGAGCACCUUCCAGGCCUGUGGGAGGGCAGCACCAGUUGGGAACGUGGGAGCACAGGUACACAGCUGAGCAGGACCUUGGUGCUGGAGCAGCUGACCCCUGCCCUGCACGUCACCAACUUCUCCUGUGUGCUCGUGGACCCCGAACAGGUUGUCCAGCGUCACAUCGUUCUGGCCCAGCUCUGGGCUGGGCUGAGGACAACCUUGUCCCCCACCCAAGAAGCCCUGCCCUCCAGCCACAGCACAGGGCCAGCAGCAGCACGACCUUGACCAGAGCCUGGGUCCUACCUACCUACAGUCCUUGACUGCCUGCAGGCUGUACGGGCAAGCAGCACACCCUCUUCUCCUGUGCUUUGGUUUCUUUCUCUCACCAAAUUCAAACUCCAUUCCCAUCUACUUAGGAAAUCACAACUUCCCUAUAAUGCUCCUCCUCUUGCCAUUCUCUCCACCCUUCCUAAUGUCCUGCUCCUCACACUGCUUUACUGCUCAGAAACCACU